UACCAUGGCGGCUGUCGCAGCGGCCUACCCUCACACGGCCCUUAGGGUCUGCCUUUAAAGCACCGCCCAUAGCUGCACCGCUAUGAAGCCUGCAUGGAAGCGGAGAGCAGCUCCAGCCGGGACUCUCUGGUCAGCCUGACUGCAGGCGAUGUGCUCAUUCGCUCCACCAGCGUCCACGGGGUGAGAGCAGCAGGAGGAUUUUACAGCUGUAAAAUUGUCGAUGUCGCGACCCGCAGCGCAGGAGUCCAGUGUACUAAGGGUCACCCAGAACAUUUGCUUGUAGUGGAAGAUCCUGUGGAGGCCAUUUUUGUACCACACAUGGAUCACCCUAAAGAAGCAGAUCAUUCACUGCUACCAGAAGAUAACAGGAGACCUAAAGAUGAUGUUUUAAUUUCUCGGUAUCCUGCUGGCCAGAAAGAGGCUUUGAGAGCAGUAUUAAAGCAAAAAACUCGAAGUGCUCCUGUCUUUAAGGAGGUGAAGGUACAGCUGUUAGGAAAUGCCUCCCCAGAAAGAAAGGAAAGUGUUGUUCAAGACCCCAGAUCAACAUACAGGGAAGCUGAUUCUGCAUCAACCAUUGCAGCAGCAACUGCUGCUGCCAUUGCUACCACUGCUCCUCUUCUUAAAGUACAAAAUGAUUUGCAAGCCAAAGUUAACUCAGUUUCGACAUUACUUCAUAAGCUACAGGAGAUUGAUAGGCAACUGCAGCGUGUUGCUGAACAGCAAACAAAGACUCAACAUGAGAAGCCCCACUGUCAUGAAAGAGUCAGCGAGCUUGAAAAACAAAUGAACGCUUUUAUGCUGCAACGGAUUCAUCACUUGGAAAAGCUGCAGGAGCAUCAAAUGAAUAUUCAGUCUCAUUUCAUCAGCUCUGCUGCCAACAUGGGUAGCCUGCAGCAGACUCAAGUGCCUUCUUCCAGUCUCAUGACAAAACAAGCUGAGGAGGCAGAACAGCAGUUGCUUAAUAAUGGAAUAUCAUCAUCUCAGAAGAAUGUUUAUCCUUCCAGUGGUCUGCCUACCCAAGGUGGUGGGAGACAUCUUGAGCAUAUACUGAAUCCUCAAGUAGAUCCACGGGGACAAAUGGAGUCUUCUGAGAAGGCAUUAAUCAAUGAUAAAAUGAGCUGGCAUUCCCAGAUAGAAAGGCCUACUGCUUUGCAAACAGACUCAUGCCCUGCUUAUGAAAACUCCUCCCAAAAUUGCAAUUCUGUUGAGAAAACGGUGAAAAAAGCAGAUGAUUUACUCCAAGUUCUUGGCCAGUUGAGAAAAGAGAUGCACGACGUGCUACAGGAAGCAAAUUCGUGGAAAUCAGACAUGAAUGAUCUCAUUAAGUCAAAACCAACUACCACUGCAUCUGAUCCUCCUGAACAUAAUCAACUCAUCAAACCAUCCGUCCUUCAAAGUGUUAAAGCACCAGAAUCUAUCCUGAGUGAUGCAAAGAGGGUUUUGAGAGAAGUUCAAAGCAGGAAAAAAGUUCUUGAAGAAAACUUGGAAGCCGUUCUUCGUGCAAAGGGUGGAGAUGCCAUGUCUGCCUUCAUAAACGCCUUGACUACAAACAGAGAUGCAUUGGAGAAGAUUCGUAUCAGAAAGGCUGUGGAUGAGCGGAUUAAGGCCAUUAGUGCAGAAAUUCAGGCAGAAAUGGCAAGAAAUGAUUUGGAACAAGUGAAACAUGAUCAAAAGGUCCCAUGGAUCAAGAGAGCUCAGAAUGUCAAGGCUAUGAGGAACAGUAAAGAAAUAAAGGCAAAAACUCAGAAAAUCCAAGGAUGCUCAACAAAGAAGCCUUUAUCUGCAGCUAAGUCACAGAAUCGCACCCAAGAUAACAUAAGCAAACCGGGCUUUAGAACUUAUUUUUAUUCUGAAAGUUUGCAGAGGAAUAAAAAGGGGACAGAUGAGCCUGUGAGUGGAUUUGCAGCAGUAAAAAAUGAAGAGUAUCUAAGCCAAGUUUAUGGGAAACCAAUUUACCAGGGCCAUCGUAGCACUCUCAAAAAAGCACCUUAUCUGAGAUUCAACUCUCCAUCUCCUAAAUCUAAACUUCAAAGACCCAGAGUGAUAGAGUGUGUUAGAGGUACCAAGGUAAAGUCAGCAGGAACACAGACUUCUUGUCAUGCACAGAAAGCAGUAAUCAGCUCAAAGAAACAGCAUCCUUUGUAUGCACUUGCUCAAGAAAACCAGUAUUUCUUUAGUCCAAACAGAGAUGUGUCUGCUGACUGCGGUCCCCUUGAAGGUCACCUAAUUCCUAUGGCUAUUCCACUAGGUCAGACCCAAAUUAAUGACACCUCAGUGCAGCCUGCAGGAGUAGUUAUGUGUAAUCCGCACCCUGUUACAGUCACAACCUCUAUUCCCCAAGUGCCACCAAAGCCUCCAGUUGAAGUAAAAAAGCCAAACGUAGCUGUAAUAGAGAUGAGAUCAGAGAAAAAGGAUCCCCCUCAGCUGUCUGUGCAGGUGUUACCAAAUGUUGAUAUUGACAGUAUUUCAAGUGGCAGUGUGAGUGAAAACCAUGGCCCUCCAGAACCCAAACCUGCACUUAGUCCUGCUGAUGCUGUAAUACAGGCUCCAGAAGAUAUACAAAGUGAGGAAGAAGACAUGAAGUUUCCAGGAACUAAUUUCAUUGAUGUUACUGAUGUCGUACAGGAUCAGGAAGAGGAGAGGGAUGAAAUUCCAGAGUUUACGGAGCCUCUUCUAGAGAUUAAUGGACAUUUUAAAGUCACCGUACCAACAUACAACGGUCCUUCAUUUCCUCCUGUGGCUUCUGCUCCUCAGCUGUCUUCUGAUGUUUUGGAUGAAUGGAUUGAAAGGAGAGAAACUAUAGAAAACAGAUUGAUAAACUGGGUGGAACAAGAAAUAAUGGCCAAAAUUAUCAGUGAGAUGUACCCAGUUCAGAGAGAAACUGUGCCCAGUGUUAGCACAUCAGAGGGAGAAGACAGCGAGGAUGUAACCUCUGACAUUGUUGAAGCUGCAGGUGGGGGAGGAUUUCAGCUCUUUAUUGAUGCUGGUGUCCCGGUGGACUCAGAAAUGAUCACUCAUCUAGUCAAUGAAGUGCUCAGUGAAACAGUUGCGACCAUGCUGGGGAACAAGCAGGCUCAGGAAGCAGUUCCUGCUACAAAUGUUCUUCCAAUUGCAACAGUUGAAAUGGAGCCUCUUGUGCCUACUCCAUUGCCAACACCUCAGGCCACACCACCACAGACACCACCUUCAGAAAAAGAAAUGCCUCCAGUCCAAACCCCGGAGUCUUCUCCAUCUAUUACAGAACUGAGCGGGGAUGCUCGUGAACAACAAAAAAUGAAAGAAGCAGGCUCUGAUAUUCCAGCUGCUGUUAGUCGUGUUGGCACACCUGUGAUUACCCCCAUCAGUACACCUCCUGAAAUAAUCACACCAAGCCCUCCUGCUUCUGAAGCUGCAAAAAUGGAAAAUCCAGCACCUCCAAACCCAUGGGAUGAUGCAGAACUUCCUCUGGAAGAGGAGAAACCCAGUCCAUUAGCUGAAGAAACAUUCAAUCCCAAAGCUGUUGAGAUGUCAGUGGCUAAUGAUGAGGAACCAGAGGCCUUGAUUUCACCAUCUUGGCAGUCAUCACCAAAGCCCUUUCAGUUGCUUCCUCAUGAACCACAGGUUCCCUCAGCAGAACCUACAGACAGUUCGGAGCAGUCCACGCAGGAAAGCAGUCUUACCCCCACAGAAACAGAAACUGCAGACAGACCCAUCUCAGAAGGGGAGGUUCUCUUCAGCUGUGACCAGAUGCUGGCUGCAAGAGCAGAAGGAGGACUGUCUUUUCCAAACCUCACUGAAAGCUUAACGAGUACUUUACUGGAUGCCAAUGAAAUGGAUUAUGAUCCUCCCAGUGAAGGGCAGGUGGUGGGAAGAAGCCAUAAAAGCUAUCACAGGGAUCCUGUUCUGGCACUUUUAGCCAAAUUAAAUCAAGCACCUGUUGCUGUUCAAGAGGGAAGGUACCAUUUGGAGGAUUCUGAUGAAAGCAUUGGGGAGCUCAGUGAAGGUCAAAGACCCAGGAUGACCAGAGCAGCAGAGAGAAUCCUCAUGAGACACCCAGUAGAUAUGGACCGUUCAACUGCUCGAACUUCUGAGGACAGACAAUAUCAGGGUUCACGUUCUCAAUCACCAGGGCAGCUUAACCAGGCUGCAGCAGAAAUUCUUGAAGAUGCUGAUACAAGUCACAGUCCAAUGCUUGUGGCUGAACUGGAAUCACAACCCAUUUCAAUUCCUGUUCUGCAAGCUGCCCAACCGAGCUGCAGAGUGACAUCUCUCCCAAAGGCUCCCUCUCAGGAAGAAAGCCAAGGAGAUGCACGAGUUGUGAGACCCCGAGUUGUUCAUGUGAGAAGGAAGUCUGAAGAGAUGGAGGAAGAAGAGCAGGAAAGGCUGUUCUUAUGGACAGUUCUAAACAACUUAAGGGAAAGCUGCAAGGUGUGACACAAAAUACACAGCAGGUCAGUGAGAAGCAUUUAUUUCCCAGCACCGUGGCUGCAGAGAGGUCUCUGUUUCCCUUUGAAUAUAGCACGACUUUGACUCUCUGUUAAUGCUUUCUGUUUUAGGUACAUAUCUUCAGUGCAAAAUAAUAAUCAGCCAUGCACAAACAAUGGGAAUGAGCAUCUCUCAGGCCACCCAGAGUCUGGGAGAACUGCAUUUAUGUUUUGGGUCAAAAUGACGCAUUGAAAGCAGGUUAGACUUAAUAUGGUUUGACCUGCUGACCUCCAUCCUGCUUGUUACAGUAAAGUAAUAAUCUCAGGGUUGUGCAUCGUGGCCUCGUUUUAUGCACUGCACCCAUCACAAGGCUUAGGCAGGGCUGUGUUUGUUUUAAAGGCAGGAAAAGAGCUGCAGUUUCUGUCCCUUGUCAGGCCACUGGAUCUUCAAUAGAAAUAGAAGGCAUGGAAUUUGCUGGCGCUUGCUCCAUUCCUGUUCUUUCGUUUGUUUUUAUAAUCGUAAAACCAUAAUUACAGAUCUUGAGAAAAUUAUUUUAUUUACUUACCAGCUGCCAUUGUGCGCUGUUAUGUAAAUCACAAUUAAUAAAUGGGAAAUAUUUACUAGCUUGUGUUACAGCGUAAAUACACCAUUAGCUUCUUUCGAGUGCGUGUUGCUCGUUUGAGUAAUUGGAAGCGAUCCUGGAGACAUGCGAGCGGCGAGAUUACACAGGGAACGCUUGUUUCUGGAGAGAGAGCUUCCUUCCUGAGUUAAAAAGAAACAACAGAAAAGAAGGGGAGAGAGUUUCCUGUUGUGAGUCUUCACUUAAUAGACAGGCGGCCGUGCUCUCCUGCCCCAGAGCUGGAAGCAUUGGGGACUGUGCAGGCAGGGUUUAAAGAGAUUUUCGCUCCUCUCCCAUCUGCUUUUAAAUGCAGGGCUAAGACAGGCAGUAUCUCUGUGGGUAAAGUCUGAUAAAGGCUGUUCUGUUCCUGAGGUUCGCAAUCUAGCAACAGCCUGACAAAGAGACUCCGUGCAAAGUUGCAGCUCUAUGUAAAAAAUGUGUUCUGACCUCGAUAUAUAUGAUGUGAAAAAUGAAUAAUAGCAGCACUGCAGGCAAAACCUUCUCUGCUACGAUGUGACAACCCUCCCCUUCAUUGGAGGUUUCAGGAAUUUGGCUGCGCUCUUGGAAAUAAGCCUGACGAUUCUGCCGGAGAGAUGUUUUAGCUCAGACAGAGCACAGCACACAACGGCUUUGUUCAAGCCUUGGCUCUGCGCUUAUGGCAGGAAGCUGAAGUAAAAACGUACUUUUCUACCUACAAUCUGUGCUGGUUGUUUAGCAAGGCAGCAUUUUUCUCCAUGCUCACAGGCAUGAGCACCCCUGCAGCUAGGAGAUAGAAGCAGUUAAGAUAGCAGUUAACCCUUGACUUUGUAUUUCAUUAGUUCAGCAGCUCUUUUUCUUUUUUUAGGACAAACCCUCUAGCUCUGUCUGCCCUAUGCUGGGCUGUUAAAUGAGAGCCAUCCAUUCAGCUCUUUAAUUCAGCUGCUUUUUGCAAGCCUGUAUGGAGAGUGAAGCUUUUACAAAGAGUAGGCCCCAUGCAUACCCACAGUUGGUUGGUGGUUGGACUUCACAGAAUCACCAAGGUUGGAACAGACCUACAAGAUCAUGCAGUCCAACCAUCCACCCAUCACCAAUAGUUCUCACUAAACUACAUCCCUCAACCUAAUGUCCAAACACUGAACACCUCCAGGGUUGGUGACUCCACCACCUCCCUGGGCAGCC